AUGAACGUGGAUGAGAUUUAUCGCGACGAGGCGUCGGCGGCGAGCAUCCCGCAGCUGCGGGGCCGCCCGUCGCUGCGGCUGGCGCCCCUUCCGAGCACGCCGCCCCCUCCGACGCCGCUGAAGUGUUGCGACACCAACACGAUGGGGAAUGCGAAGCAGACUCGAUAUCUGCGCAGCCGUCGAGGGGUGCUGAGCGCCGUGCGUACAGCACCGACGUCGCCGGUGGAGUUGCGGCCGCGAGCGGUGCCCCCUCAAAGGCCGCUUACGCCAACCGUCACCGCAGCCCCCCCGCGCCCUCGCGGCCCCGCCCUGAUAGAGCCAAACGACGACAAUGUUGGCAGUGGCUGGUGUUUCCCGCAGGUUGUUGGCGGCGUCACCGCAGCGGGGGGAGGGAGUGCCGGCGAGGAGGAGCAGGUGGAGGGGGAGGAAGAGAGUUUGGCUCUGAGCAGUCGGUGGGUAUCAUUUUCGUUUGCCAGUGCACUCACCUCGCGGCGGCAGUCCGAGAGUUGCCAAGCGUCGCCGUCGCCGCGGCCGCGGGCGGCCAUCCUCCCGUCAAAUUUUCCCGAUCUCCACCUUUCUGAUGAGGAGGACGCACCGACUGAGUGCGUCACCGCCGCCACUAGCAUGCGCCGCACCCCAACAUCUGCGCCACCGCCGCCGUCGCCCAGGCGGCCAUGGGUCGCCUUCCAUGAUACCUCUGUGGAAGCCCUGAAGGGGGAGGAGAAGGAGGAGGACGAGCAAGACGGACUUGUCGCAAGGGGCAGAAGGAGUCUGCUGCUGACCUCCGCCCCCGUCCCCCAUGCACUAGAGGCCAGUCCCACGGCUGGCAUGAACGCCUGCCCCAGUGAAGGGGAAGGACUGCAGCCGAUGCGUCGCAGUCAUGGAAAGCGCGAGCGAUCGGCUCCACCCUCGCCAUGGACGACUUCCUUUGUCCUUUGCGACAGAGCCUCCUCAUGCCACGUCGCGACUGUGACUGGCACGAGGGCGGCGGGGAGGCGGGAAGAAGAUGUGGCGACUGAGGCGAAACGGUCAAAGACGGAGUCUUCUCUGCUGUGGCCCCAGACACAUGCGGAGGUGACACGACGCGAGGGGACUGCCGAGCACGACACGGAGAGCGGCCCGUCUGCCGUCACAGUGCGAUCGUUCAUACCCACUGCUGACGGUGGAGCGUCAAUGGUUCUCGUGGACGGCCCCACCCCAACCCCGUGGCGUGAACGGUUUGCUCCUCCUCUUCCUCCUGUCGCCGCCGCCGGCGGCGGCGAAAGUGAAUGCCGUGUUUCGAUGGUAGUCGACAUCCGCUCCAGUGACACCGUUGUGACGCCCAAGGCGCUCUUUGGCGAGGCAACCGCAGCUGACGACGAUGCUGUGAACGUGCAGGAGGGUGGGAGGGCUGUAGGCGCCGAGGCCAACGUUGUCGUUUUGCGUCAGCACAAUGCCCGCGAUGCGGCUGCCACGGCGGUAUGCGGACCAGAGGCAGAGACACCGACGGACAAGACGGUGGGCGACGGUUGCGGCGCGAGUGACGAAAGUUUUGUGGUGCCGACUUCCUGCGCACGCCCAAGUGAUGAGUUGAAGGCAUUGAUUGAAUCCACACGAGAGGAGGUGCGGCAGGCGAGCGAGCGGAUUAUCGCCGCCCUUCACGCCCACCGCUGCACAUCCUGCGAGGAGGGUGGCGGUGUCGGUGUCAGCGUCGGCGGCGAGGACUGCACCUUGAUUACUGACUCGCUGCAGCUGGCCGUUGGUAGAGCCUUGACAGGGCCAAGCGGCGACGCCGCCAGCAGCAGCAGCAGCAGCCCCUGGAUAUCGACGGAGAGCGGCGAGCUGCGACGUGAGCUGGCAGCGCGUGCGGGUUGUAUUUUGCGUCGUCUGCGCGGCUACGAUCACACUGAUGCGGGAAUCCUUCCAAUGGCUGUAGUGGCCCGUGUGGUGCGGCAGGUGCUGUUUCAUGACGCCACCGCUGACGCAACGCCGGGGCGUUGCAGCGAGGGCUCGGUUAAUCUUUCGUGGGGUCUUGCCUCGCCCUCCCUGGUGUGUUGUGCUACUCCGGAAGCGCAGCAGAAGCCGCAAGGCGCAGAGGAAAGUGCCAUGGAGCUUUGCAUGAGUCUCUGGCGAUGCUUCCGUGAGCGCUUCGGCGCGCGCCACACGGCAACCCGCUUUGGCAUCAUGGGCAGCGCGGACGCAGACGGCGAUUUGGGGGGCAGCAGCCGCAGUAGUAGUAGCAGUGGCAGCACAAGCCACACGUAUGCGUUUGCGACCUGCUUCCCACGUGUGCGACUGCAGCUGAGUCCACUGGGGCAACCGCUGCCGUCCUCACCGCCGCAGUUAGACACCUGCAUUAACUACAGUACGUUUGCAGCCAGUCUCGUUGAGUUGAACUAA